CUCUCGCUCGCGAAGUCACGAGGCGGCGGCGCGCGGAGAGACUGGUUCACCGGCGUCAUACUCCGGCGGCGCGGCGGCUCUACGGCGCAGGAGGUCCGGGUUUCAGUACUCCGCCGCUACUCCCUCGUCAGUGUGCUGGUGAAAUCGGAGAGGCUGUUGGAAGCUGUAGAGUUUUUUGGGAUCAUUAUGGUUCAUCAAAAGCGUGAAGCGGCUAGCGACGGCAAUGAGGAGUGGGUGUCGAAACGCCCGAAAGGUGCUGACGCUGCGGCUGAGAAGGAGCAUAUUCUCAAGUCUGAUGCUUCCCAAGAAGCAAAUGUCGAAAAGGCUCAGAAGGGAGAUGCCUCUCGAAAGGAGAACACGGUGUCGACAAACCCGUGUGUUUCAGAGGAGAAAGCAAUAACAAACUCAAAUGUAUCAAGUGAGCGAGAGGUGACAUUGACUAGUGUUGAAGCUGAUGCUGCUGAAGACAAGGGUUGCAGACAUACUAUGGAAGAUGCAUGGGUGCUGCUUCCUGAUGCUAGCAUGGAAUCUCCGGGAAAACUGAGAUGUGCACAUUUUGCAAUAUAUGAUGGGCAUGGCGGUCGCUUGGCUGCAGAGUAUGCACAGAAACAUUUGCAUCAAAAUGUUAUUGCAGCAGGAUUACCACGUGAGUUGAUGGAUGUUAAAGCUGCAAAGAAGGCCAUCAUUGAAGGUUUUCGUAAAACUGAUGAGAUCUUACUGCAAGAAAGUGCUAAUGGAAACUGGCAAGAUGGUGCAACAGCUGUCUGUGUCUGGGUCCUGGGGCAGACGGUUUUUGUUGCAAAUGCUGGAGAUGCUAAAGCUGUAUUAGCUCGUUCCACAUCAACUGAUGGUAAUGCUGUGGUGGAUGACACCAAAAAUCAACUGAGGUCUAUUGUUUUGACGAGAGAACAUAAAGCAAUCUUUCCACAAGAACGUGCUCGAAUCCAGAAGACUGGCGGUUCUGUGGGCCCUAAUGGAAGAUUACAAGGUCGCAUUGAAGUAUCUAGAGCUUUGGGUGAUCGUCAGUUUAAGAAGGUUGGACUGAUUGCUACCCCAGACGUCCACUCCUUUGAACUAACGAAAAAAGAUCAAUUUAUUAUUCUUGGCUGUGAUGGCUUAUGGGGAGUAUUUGGACCAGGUGAUGCUGUUGAGUUUGUUCAGAAUCAAUUGAAGGAGACCUCAUCAGCAACGCUUGCAGUGCGGCGCCUCGUGAAGGAGGCUGUCCGUGAGAGGCGAUGCAAGGACAACUGCACUGCUGUCUUGAUCGUCUUCAAGCACUAGAAAUCCUUUGAGCUCCUGCGACUCAAUUCUCUCCAAAGCUGAAAACUGGGGUAAAGAAUCAGCUGAGAACAAACAAUGUCUAGGUCUAGUGUUACCAGAUCCUGAACUAUGAGUUACCCUGUUAAAUGCGUUGUGAGAACCUCGUCAGGACACUUGUAUUUGCAUUUGGGAAUCAGGAUUAAAGAUCUACCCUAGCUUCUGCAUCUUCUUCGUUUUGCAUUUUUUUUUUUGGGUUUCUUUUGAGAGGUGCACAUCAAACCACGUACUGUGCCAAUUGCCAAACAACUAAACAAGCAGCAUGGUCCACUGUUUGCAGGUUUACCUUUUCUGCGACAUUUGGUCUUGUGUGCUGGGUCGAUCAACGUAUGAAACAGGUAAGGUUGUCUUUCCCGUUGUUACGGCAUUGCCCAAGGUCUGACCUAGCCUGGCGUUUGGUCAAUUCAGAAGACGACUUGCUCUUCACUCGAGGUAGACUCCAAUACGCCAUGGGAGUAAAGCGUCUCCUUCAAUGGUGGUAGUAGUAUCAGCUUUAACUGUAACUCGAAUCUCCGGCAUCUUUGCCCACAUUGCAUCGGUAAAAAGAGAGUACACAUGGUGUUGUAAAAACUAAGGUAUAAAUACAUGAUUCUCAGUCACUUCAGUGGUAAAAAUGUCAAUUUUGAAUUGCUUAAA